UUCAAUCACCGAAUCAGCUACCGUUGAUAUUUAAGAACAUUGUUAGUCAAAGCGCCGACACACAAAUGCUUUCUGUAUAAACAUACUCGAGACUCCGUUGGCAUGUUCACUUUCUUUGCAUGUUUUUCUCCUAGUCUGAUAGUCUAUAAUCUUCUCUCUUAUGUUUUUAUUAUGGAAAGCAGAAGAAGCCAAUGAAAAACAGGGUAUUGAAGCUAAGGAAAUGAAGAUAUUUUGCAGAUUGUGGAUUUUGUUUUCUUUGCUUGCUUUUGUGGACUCUGCUGCAUCUACAUGCAACGGUACAGAUCAAGAGUUUAUCUCGAGGGCUUUCAAAUCUGUCUCUAAUUUCAAUCGUUCUUGGUUCGACUCUACAUAUUCAAACUGUUCGCAUCCUCCAAUAACAAAAAUCAGCCUUCAUUCAAGGAAUCUGACAGGUAACAUUUCAUGGAAGUAUCUGAGGAACAUGUCAAGGUUACGAACAAUUGAUCUCUCCAGCAACUCGCUGCAAGGGUCUGUGCCAGGUUGGUUUUGGUGCUUACAAAGCUUAGUUGAAGUAGAUUUGUCAAACAACCGGUUUGGAGGAAGCAUCGUUGAACCCAAUUCGAGAAAUUGUUCGUCGAUUCAAAAGCUCAAUCUCUCCGGUAAUAGGUUCACUAACUCGGUUAGGCUUUCUGGGUUUUCAAAUCUCAAAUUUCUUGACAUUUCACACAAUGAUUUGUCUAUUUUGCCUUCUGGGUUUUCCAAUCUGACCAAGCUAGAGCAACUUAAUAUCUCAAGUUGCAAAAUUUCAGGGGACAUAAAGUCUCUUAAGGUCGUCCACUCAUUGAGAUAUCUAGAUGUGUCAAACAACUCAAUGAAUGGUACUUUCCCUUCCGAUUUUCCUCCUCUUGAUAACCUCAAGUUCUUGAAUAUCUCUCUAAACAAUUUCACUGGACUUGUUGGUCCAGAGAAGUCUCACAGAUUUGGCAAAUCUGCCUUCAUUCAAGGUGGGAAUUUCAUUUUCAAUGAUUCAAGAACUCCCAAUAAUAUCAAACCACAUUCAAAAACGGCACCUCAGAAAACCAUCCCUAAACCCCAACCCAUCAAGAACCAAACCAGAAAACACAACCCCAAAUCACGUCACAAAGCUUUCGUCAUUGGCUUGUCCUGUGCUUCAGCCUUUGCUGUUCUAUCAGUUUCAAUAUGUGGCUUCUGCGUGUACAGAAGAAAGAAAUUUUCCAGGAGAAACAAAUGGGCAAUCUCCAAACCGGUUCAGUUCCAAUUCAAGAUGGAGAAAUCAGGGCCCUUCUCCUUCGAAACAGAGUCAGGCACAUCAUGGGUUGCAGACAUUAAAGAACCAACAUCCGCACCAGUGUUCAUUUGCUCUAAGCCGUUGAUCAAUCUCACAUUCAAGGACCUGAUUGCCGCCACGUCACAUUUUGGUAGGGAGUCGCUCCUCGCUGAAGGCAGGUGUGGGCCCUUGUACACCGCAAUCUUACCCGGAGACCUCCACGUGGCAAUCAAAGUCCUUGAAAAUGCCAGACACAUUGACCAUGAUGAUGCUGUCUCAAUGUUCGAACAUCUUUCAAAGCUUAAUCACCCCAACCUAUUGCCUCUCUCUGGUUACUGCAUUGCAGGUAAGGAGAAGCUGGUUUUGUACGAAUUCAUGGCCAACGGCGACCUCGGGCGGUGGCUACACGAGCUCCCCACCGCCGUUCCUAAUGUUGAGGACUGGAGUACUGAUACGUGGGACCAACAAAAUUGCACUACUCCACACGUGUUGUCCCUUGAGAAAACUAAUUGGAUCACACGCCACCGGAUUGCGGUGGGCGUCGCGCGCGGCCUUUCAUUCCUCCACCACUCCGGCUCCGUCCACGGACAUCUAGUUCCCUCCAACAUUCUCCUUUCCGAUUCUCUGGAGCCCCGAAUUUCGGAUUUCGGGCACCGAAAUUUUUGGUCUGGGAAUAUUGGAGAGGAUAAAUGUAACGUUGAGGAUGACGUGUACUGCUUUGGGUUGGUUUUGAUAGAGCUUUUGACGGGUAAGCAAGGGAGUGAGGAGAGUGUGAGGUGGGUUAGGAGAGUAGUGAGGGAGGGACACGGCGUUGACGCGCUUGACUCGAGGUUGACAAUGGGUGGUGAUUCGGUGAGUGAGAUGGAGGAGACACUCCGAGUUGGGUACUUGUGCACUGCCGAGUCGAUAAACAAGAGGCCCACCAUGCAACAAGUUCUGGGUUUACUCAAAGACAUACAUCCUGAAACGUGUUGAGCAAAGUUGACUCGUAAUGCCUCGUAAGAUUUGGUCAGCCUUUUGGUUCUUUGUUUUUUUAGAUUCCUAAAUUUCUUUCGCAUGUGUGACUGAUGUAUGUACAGACAAAAUUUGAAAGAGAAAAAUUUGGACCCGGAAAGAAAAAGAGAAAAGAAAAUUAGACAAAAGAAGGUGGGGCUAGGUAUGAUUUUAGUGGAAGAGACGAAUGUUUGUGGUGGUUUAGUUGAAGAAAAGAAAUCAGAGAAUCUCACUUAUUGUUUGUCAUUGUUGUCUGUGUGAGAGAGAUGGUAUCAUUAAAUUUCUCAUCUUGAAGCUUUGAUAUGGUCUUUGAUUGUUUUGCUUUUGUCUUUUGUUUUCUAUGAAAUGCUUUUGCAUGUGUUCUUUA